UCUCUGUGUCUCUACCUAAGGUACCUGGAUGCCUACCUUGAAACUUUCCUUACCUCUGCAGAAAAACAUUUUAUGUUGGGAUUACCAGUGACCUAUUAUGUGUUUACGGAUCUACCAGAGAAGGUACCAAACAUUGAGCUUGCACCUCAGCGCAGCCUGAAAGUCAUCAAGGUGGAAAAGUACUCCAGGUGGCAGGACAUCUCUAUGAUGCGUAUGAAGAUAAUAUCAGAAACUAUAGAAUCCGAGAUUUGUCACCACUUCAUUUAUGUCUUCUGCUUUGACGUCGAUCAGGAGUUUAAAGGGAGAUUUGGUUCAGAGGCUCUGGGGGAAUCUGUGGCUUUGCUCCAUGCCCACUACUACAAACUUCCAAAGGAGAGAUUCACCUACGACAGAAACCCCAAAUCCAAAGCCUUUAUGGAAACUGGAGAUUUCUACUACCACGCCGCUAUCUUUGGAGGAUUAUGGCAAAAUGUGAAAAAGUUGGCAGAUACCUGCUACCUAACCAUCAUGGAGGACAAAAUAAAUGGUGUGGAGGCAGAGUGGCAUGAUGAAAGUCAUCUAAACAAAUACUUUUGGCUUCAAAAACCAAGCAAGUUGCUCUCCCCAGAGUAUUGCUGGGAUGAGAGUAUUGGUGACAGAAGCGACAUACAAGUCACCCGCUUGAUAUGGGCACCAAAAAAUUAUGCGCAACUUC